GCGCAUCCCGGGAUGGGCGGAGCCGGUCGGGAUGAGUGGCGGAGGAACGGAGACCCCUGUGGGUUGUGAGGGCGCCGCGGCCGUGGGCAGCAAGAAGCGGGACUCGCUGGGGACGGCGGGCUCAGCGCACCUCAUCAUCAAGGAUCUUGGAGAAAUUCAUUCACGACUAUUGGAUCACAGGCCAGUUAUCCAGGGUGAAACACGUUAUUUUGUAAAAGAAUUUGAAGAAAAACGUGGUCUUCGAGAAAUGAGAGUUCUUGAAAAUUUGAAGAAUGUGAUCCAUGAAACAAAUGAACACACUCUUCCCAAAUGUAGAGAAGCAAUGCAAGACAACUUAGAGCAAGUCUUCCAGAGAUUGCAAGCGGCUAAUGACUCAGUCUGUAAACUCCAACAGAAGGAACAGGAGCGAACAAAGAUUUGUAAUGACCAUUUAGUAGCUAACGAGAAGCAACACGCACUUCAAUGGGAGGAGUUCAUGAAAGAACAGCUGCACAAGCGGGCACAAGUGGACGAAGAGCACGGGAAAGCCAUGCAGAGGCUGAAGGAACAGUAUGCCGAAAUGGAGAAGGAUCUGGCCAAGUUCUCAACCUUCUGACAACUUGAGCCAUACAAUGGCAAACUAUUGGAAAACACUGACUCCACACCCCCACUCCCACCCUGCAUAUUCCCACCAAACCAUUUAGCCUCUGCUUUAAGCCUAGCAAUAUGUUGAACAUCACUCGUAAAACAGGGAAGCUUCUAGAAUCCUGAUUAAAUAUUUAACAGAA